ACUCCUGCAUUUGCAGACGUCAUGUAGCUCCACUCAGACCAACCUUUAGCUUAGCCCUUCAAACUAUUCCUUUAUUCCGCUAGAUUAGAUUUGGGUCGCUCCUUAACCGGUCGUAUUUAAGAAGCUGGAGGUUGAUAACGCGGGACACACAGCUGCGAAGGCCGACCGUUCCUCCGACAGCUUUAUAGAGCUCUAUGUUUGGUGUUCAGAAGUGAAUUUCAUGCGUUAGCUCGAGCUGAACUCCAGUAGUAACAGCAGUCAUGGGCUCCAGAGCUUCAUCUCUACUCAGAGAAGAGGACAUUGAAGAAAUCAAGAAAGAAACUGGAUUCUCCCACAGUCAGAUCACUCGCCUCUACAGCCGCUUCCACAGUCUCGAUAAAGGAGAAAAUGGAGCGCUCAGCCGAGAAGACUUCCAGAGGAUUCCCGAGUUGGCCAUAAAUCCUCUUGGCGAUCGGAUCAUUAAUGCCUUCUUCCCAGAGGGUGAGGAUCAGGUGAACUUCAGGGGCUUCAUGAGGACUCUGGCUCACUUCCGUCCUGUGGAGGAUAACGAGAAAAACAAAGACCCGACUUCUGGCGAGCCGCUCAACAGCAGGGCCAACAAACUCCUCUUUGCUUUUCGGUUAUACGACCUUGACAGAGACGACAAGAUCUCUAGAGAUGAACUGCUACAGGUUUUGAGAAUGAUGGUUGGCGUGAAUAUUUCUGAUGAGCAACUUGGAAGCAUUGCAGACAGGACCAUCCAGGAAGCUGACACUAAUGGAGACAUGAGUAUCUCAUUCAGCGAGUUCACCAAGGUAUUGGAAAAAGUGGAUGUCGAACAGAAGAUGAGCAUCCGCUUCCUUCACUGAAAACCAAAUGUGUUCUGAACUCUGAUUGGAGACCAUCAGUGUCACGCCACCUGAUUCUUCUCUGUGGGUUGAUUCAUCCUUUUUAAACAUGAUCAUGUUGUCAUCAUGUUACGUUUGUUUCAAUCAUCUAUCACUCUUGAGUUGCUUUUGCACUAGAAGGCCGGAUCCAGUGCCUUCACUUUUCUCAAAAGUCACAGAGGCUUUUAUCUUGUGAAAUUCUAUUUAUUCCGGCUGUGAAAGCAGCUUAUUAAAACUUUCCAAAUGGCGAAGCUGUCACUGAAAUUGAUACUGACGGAUGCACAAUUCGUCACCUACUUAAAGGCCAAAUCUUCAGAGAAACUUUCCUUCUCACCCCUAGAAAUAAUAUUUUGUUCCACAAUACCUCAUUAUAAGGGUGGAUAAGGCUGUCUUGAUUCUCGUAAUUUAUAAUGAUCUUAAGUCAACACAUCAGAGGGAGUGAAAUAGCUGAAUGCCUCUUAACUCAGAAAAAUGUAUUUUUCUCUGAAUUUAAGUUUUCUUUAAAUGCCUAAUAAAGAGAAGAGAAGCGGUU